CUACGUAUCCACCAAGCAACUCUGUAAAAAACGUCUUUUCUUCAGUUGUAAAGUCCCCGUGUCUUUCUCUCCUGCCAAGCCGAGGGCUAGCAGCUCACAUGGCUCAGACAUUUGACGUAUUUGUGCGGGGCCUUGAUGGCCAAACGCUGGUCGUUGACCUGCCUCUUGGUGCGCGGGUUGCCGAGCUCAAGGAGGACUUGAGCGCCCGCCUGGGCCUGCCAUGCGACCAGCAGCGCCUGCAGCUCUCCUCAGGCCGACCGCUGGAGGAUGACGACACUCUGGAAGCUGGCUGCAGCCUGGACCUGAGCCUGCGCCUGCUCGGUGGUGUGAUCGAGCCCAGUUUGCGCAUCCUGGCCCAGAAGUACAACUGCGACAAGAUGAUCUGCCGCAAGUGCUACGCCCGGCUGCACCCGAAGGCCACAAACUGCCGCAAGCGCAAGUGUGGCCACUCCAACAACCUGCGUCCCAAGAAGAAGCUGAAGUAGACUGUAUGCUUAAGCACAAUGUGUUUGUGGUUACCGGAGCAGGAAUAAAAGCCCAUAUGAAUUCGA